GUUCCCUUCCCGCCAAUGCGGGAGAUCCUUGCUGUCCAGGUCCCGCCCCUGCCAGGAGCUCUCCCGGAAGAUGGCGGCGGCCGCAGAGUUGACGCUGCUGGAGAAGUCCCUGGGGCUGAGUAAAGGGAACAAAUACAGCGCUCAGGGCGAGCGCCAGAUUCCGGUUCUUCAAACAAACAAUGGCCCAAGUCUCACAGGACUGACUACCAUAGCGGCUCAUCUAGUCAAGCAAGCCAACAAAGAAUAUUUGCUUGGGAGCACGGCAGAAGAAAAGGCAAUAGUUCAACAGUGGUUAGAGUACAGGGUCACUCGAGUAGACGGGCACUCCAGCAAGGAUGACAUCCGCGCUCUGUUGAAGGAUCUUAAUUCGUAUCUUGAAGAUAAAGUCUACCUUACAGGAUACAACUUUACCUUAGCAGACAUCCUAUUAUACUAUGGCCUUCAUCGCUUUAUAGUUGACCUGACAGUUCAAGAAAAGGAGAAGUAUCUUAAUGUGUCUCGCUGGUUUUGUCACAUUCAGCAUUAUCCAGGCAUCAGGCAACAUCUGUCUAGUGUUGUCUUCAUCAAGAACAGACUAUAUACGAAUUCCCACUAGAAGCCCUCCAUGCUGUACAGAAGAGUGAUUAAAAUAUUUAAAUGGAAAGUGUAUUCGGGACCAGAGGACUAACAGAAAUUGAUAUGCAGUCAUUCUUUAUUUGUUGAAGUUGAUAGAAUUUUUAAAGUAUAAAAUUGUGUCCCAAUGUUUGAUUUGCUCUUUAGUUGAAAUUUUUUGCAAUUUUUUUCUGUAAAAAUUCAACUGCUGUCAAAAUUUGAGUUGAGAACAAGUAAUAAAUUACCUUGUUUUUAUAGAUGAAAUUUAUUUUAGUAAAAGUUGCAAAUCAGUGUUUAAUCUUUAAAAAAAUAGUCCUUUCAAUGUUUGACAUAUUUGGCUAUUUAUUGACCUCUUUUUUCGUAUUUUACAAUUCAUUUUCCCCUUAUGGAUAUUUACAGUAGUUUGUUUAUUAAGAACUGUAAUAAACUGUGCCAAGGAUACCGAAAGGGAAGACAGAUGGAUUUGUUUUCAUAUAUUUAUGUGAGCCAGUAAACGUGGUUGAAAAAAC